CUGAGCAAGCUGCAAUAUCUGGGAGCUGCUGAUUGGACUGUGCUAGCUCAGUCCCCCCACGACUUUAAGGACGUUUAUUUAAACUGUGCAGGAAGUUGCUGAGAGGAGAAUAAGAGGGGGCCAGCCAAAGGGAGAGGAAUUGAGAGGGAGCAGCAGCAACAAGAACAAGAACCUAAAGCAAGGCUUUGGGAUUUGAUCGAGUAACAGAUUGGAGAUGUGCAAAGGGCUUGCUACACUGCCAGCCUCAUGUUUGGAAAGAGCAAAAGAGGUUGGCACUCGACUGAGUAUCCUGCUGCUGAAAUCAGAGUCCAGUGUAUCCAGGAGCGAGAGGAAAACCAGGAUCCCAGGUAGAAGCCACGCAGACGAAGCUCCUAAAUGGGGAGGAUCGCUGGACACCCUGCUGGAACACAAACGCGGUGUGGCUGCGUUCCGCUCCUUCCUCCGCUCCGAGUUCAGCGAGGAGAACAUCGACUUCUGGCUAGCCUGUGAGGAAUACAAGAACACAAAGACCAGCUCCAAGCUCACACUCAAGGCCCAGAAGAUUUACGAUGAGUUCGUCAGGGUCCAGGCCCCAAAAGAGGUGAAUCUCGACUCGCACAGCAGAGAGAGUGUCCACACGAACAUGACCAACCCGAGCCUCUCCUGCUUCGACCCGGCCCAGAAGAGGAUCUAUGGCAUCAUGGAGAAAGACUCCUUCCCUCGUUUCCUGAAAUCUCAGUUCUAUCUCGGCUUGUUCAAGCAGGCUUAGAGGGAGAAAGAUGUAUGCCUGAGAAAGGAAGAGGAAUCACAGAGAGGUCUGGAGACUGUUGCUUAGUAAAUCAUCAAGCCAACCUCUGGAUACCUGGGUCCGGAACUUUUAUUCCUCAGGCUUUUGCCUUCAGCUGGUUAACUGACUGAGAAAGCCAUCUUGGUCAAACUCAUUUUUAUCGAAUUUUAGUGAGCAGUGAAGAUUCCAGCUGUGAUAAUGAGACAUGUCCUGCAGAUAUAGUCCAGCAACAGUCACAGCCUUCAGGGUAGAUAGGGUAAUAAUCUGGUGACAGUGUGGGGGGAUAAUAGCUAUCAAACACCCAUGGGCCUUGGGUGGGGAACCUCUUAUAUUUGCUGCCCUCCAGCCUGUUCCUUGGGCUGGAGACAUGUUUCUCUAAACAACGUAAAGGUCAGACCCAUGGCAGAGGUACUUCCAUUGUCAAGACUCACAGGAGGAGGAGUUGGCCAUUCAGCUCCUCAAGGUUGUUUCAUAGUCAACAUUGAGAGGUUAAAUCAAUCCUUCCCAAAUUUUACUCUGGUGUGACCACAUUUUAAUGCUUAUGCCUUCAUGUUAAGGUGUGGGCUGUUCCCUUGUGGACCUCAGGGAUGCUAGAGUCUGGGUGCCAACUGUCAGUGACACUGGAGCAGGCCAAGGGGGUGAGCCCUGGCAGCUUGGACUGAGUGCCUUGCAGCUCGAGGGCCACGACUUGGAUGUGCCCUGCAAGGUGUUCUCCAGAGUGAAAAUUGAGAUCGGGCUGGGUGGAGGGAGAAUCAGAGAGCUCUUGAGAGCUGUUGAUUGUGGGGAGGUUAGCUGUUGAGCGGGGUGAGGGCAGAGAGUAAGUUGUUGAGCGGGGAGUGGGUUAAAACUGCUGGGUUUACCCUGAAAAAAGCAAAGUCCCACCUUUUUACAGGCAGUGAUUGUGCAAUCAGGCCUCAGAGAACAGGCGAUUAACAAAUCCCACCAACACAAAAAUAAACAAACAUUUAAAAUCUCAGUCCAA